AUGGACUACGAAUCAGAAGACAUUUGUACGAUUGAGAAGUAUGAUUGCGAAAGUUCUAUUCAUAGUGAUUUUGAAUAUAUUCAAAGUGAUUCUUUGAUAUCAGAUGUAAAAGAUGAUGAAAAUAAACAAACAAUUUUACCAGCGAGAUGCUCUUCAUUCGCUUCGUCAAUACUGAAAAGAAGUUUACAUGAUGAACUGUCUUCAUCAGAGUGUACCGUUACCGACAAAGCAGAAUCAAUAAAUAUACAACAGAUUCAUCAACUCAAUGUAUUAAAAGAGAGUCUAGAGGAGACUGCUGAGCAAGUUAUGAUUCUGUUAACAGACAGAAUGAAACAAAAAGAAUUAGUCAAUGAAUUGAGAAAUAAAGUUCAACGACUGGAAGUUAAGAAUGAGCGUUUGAAGACGAAUGUAGAAAGAAAGAGAAGGAGCACCGUGAAAGAGUUUAAGAACUCUCUCACCUCUUCGGAAACAAGAGAAGAUAUACUGGAAGUAACAACUUCGGAAAACGAGGGCUGCCUACAGGAGACAUGGAAGAAAUUUUUGUAUAUUUUUGUAAUUCUAUUGAUAGCGGUGAUUAUCGCUAUGCAAUUGCAGGUCCGAAAACUUGAUUCUCACAACAUUCUACUCAGAGCUGAAGUAAACAAGCUGACACAUAAAUUAACACGUUACGAAACAAUGGACAUGACUUAUCAGAAAGGAGAGAACACAGUUGAAAUUAAGAAGUGUCAAAGUCUUUCAGAGCAGAACGAAAAAGUUUCAGUGGAAAAUAUAAAUCUGCGACAAGAGAAUACCGUGUUAGCCACAAUUAUAAUAAUUUUUGUUUUAGUUUUACUUUUCAAACUUUUCUUCAGCUCUAUUUUGGAUGCUUUGCAAAUGAUUGAGAAGAAAGUUUGA